UGCUUUUCCAGGUGUGGGAGGCUGGGGCGGGGCUGAUUAGGGAGAUCUCUCUCUCCCCUGCUCAGAAGCAGCCACGCUUGCUUGUGAGGAGAGCCCUGUGAGGUCGCCGCUCCUCUGCCAGCUCUCACCCUGUUGGCCCCGACACAUACGCCGAGACCAUGGGCACCCUUGAGGGACACCUGUUGGCAGGGGUAUGCUUGCUCUUCUUCUCAUUCUACUACUCAGUGCUGGUGUCCUUGGCCCUGCUACGGGGACAGAGGUUUCUCAAGCUCCCUCUCCCCCCGAAGGAGAAGCGAGAUCACAGCUGGAAGCCGGUCCCUGUGGAAGGAGUGGUGAAGGUCGUCGUCAGCCUGACUGGCAUUUUGUCAGAGUUCUUCUUCCCUCCAGGAGUCAACCGGAUGAAGCUAGUCAAUUGGGAGGACCCUCGGCGGCCAUUCCUAUUCUCGGAAAACUGGCAUCAUAGCACCAUGUACGGGUUCUUCAUGCUCAGCGGUGUGGUGGACAUUGUGAGCCAGUCGUGCCUGGCACGGCAGAGUAUGAAGCUGGAGCGAGCGGCCGAGGCCCUGGCCUUCUGCAUCAUGGCACUGCUGCUGAUGGCACACCUUGAGAACAAGAGCGCCCUGGAGAUCCGUGUGCACAUCCUGUUCAUGGUGCCCAUCUUCCUGGUCAGCCUGGUGCUCGCCAUGGAGGUCUGGGUCCCGGACCAGCCCCAACUCUGGGUGCUCAAGACCUGGUUGGUACUGGUGUCGAGCACCUGGAUGCUGCAGCUCUGCCUGGUGAUGUACGUCCCUCCCUCCGGGCAGUCCUGGCGAUCAGAAAACCAUGAGGACCUCACUUUCCUCGCCAUCUUCUUCUGCUGGCACCUGGGCUUAGGGGCAGCCAUACUGGCCACUGUCUAUGGCAUCUGCAGCCUCUGGCAUCAUCACUGCUCCUCCUGGACAGAGACUUCCGGUGCCAAAUACCAGCCAUGCCCAACAGGCUACAGCAGUGACGAGCUGGAGAAACUCAGGGCAGGGGCCGAUCAGCAAGAUGGCGGUGUCUAGGAUUAGAACCCGUCUUUGUGCCAGCCUUUUGUCAUUGUGUGCAUAGCAUGGGAGAUGCCCAUUGUGUGCAUAGCAUGGACAUGUCCUGGGGUCUACAAUAUGGCUUUCCAUCACAGGAAUCAUCGUCCUUGUUCCUCAAUAAACCUUCCAGCUCCUA